UCAGUGUUUUGCGGGCCGAUUGCGCGCUGGCGAACUGAGGCUGCCUUUGUUCACGAGGAACUCCUGGCAGUUCAGAGUGCGCGAGCCAGAGUGAGUGAGGGGGAGAAAGCGAGAAAGUUCAGAGGAAAGUGAGUGAGUGAGUGAGUGAGUGAGUGAGUGAGUGAGAGACAGAACGGGCUCCAAAUUUUACUUACGGACACCUUGAAUCUUUCAUGAGAUUAGAGACAUGGGUCGUGGAAAUAUUCCUUUGCUGAGAUUGACGCUGUGGUAUUUUUGCCUCUUUGACUUGUGGCACCUCCAGCCAGGGACUGCAUUUCAACUUCUGGAAGACAGGGGCUCCAGUGGCCAGCUGGAUCUGACAGAGCUGAUUGGUGUUCCUCUCCCUCCAUCUGUCUCCUUCGUAACGGGUUUCGAGGGCUUCCCCGCUUAUAGCUUUGGCCCAGAUGCCAACGUGGGUCGCCUCACACGCUCAUUCAUCCCUGACCCCUUCUUCCAUGACUUUGCCAUCAUCGUUACAGCCAAACCCACCACUCGCCGUGGGGGAAUCCUGUUCGCUAUCACUGAUGCCCUGCAGAAGAUAGUGCACCUGGGUGUGGCUCUGGCUCCAGUGGAAGAUGGGUCACAGCGAGUGGUCUUGUACUACACCGACCCGGGUGCUACACGCACGCAGGAGGCGGCUUCCUUUAAGAUGGGGGACCUGACUGGCCGCUGGGCCAGGUUCACUCUGGCCGUGCAGGGGGAGGAAGUGAAGCUUUUCAUGGACUGUGAGGAGCACCACAGGGUGGCCUUCCACAGAAGCCAGCAGAAGCUAACCUUUCAACCCAGCUCUGGUAUCUUUGUGGGGAAUGCAGGGGGGACCAAGUUGGAGAGGUUUGUGGGAUCUAUCCAGCAGUUGGUACUGACACCAGACCCCAGGGCGGCAGAUGUGCAGUGUGAGGAGGAUGACCCCUAUGCAUCUGGGUACAGCAGUGGGGAUGAUGAAUAUGAUGACACAGAGACUAUGGAUGAGAUGAAGAAAGUAGUUGAGGAGAGAGAGUACACUAUGCCUGAGGAAGAUGAGACUAUCCCAGUGAGAGCGCCCCCUACUGAGCCGUCCCCUACAGCUCCAUUUGAUGAUGAGGACCUGGAGGAGGAGUCCUCCGGUCGGGACAUGGAGAUCAUUACUGAAGGGCAGCCAGCCAGGACAGAGAAAGCUGUUUAUCAAAAAGAAAAUGAGUAUCCAGUGAUGAUGACAAUGCAGAAAGGGGAGAAAGGCGAGCGUGGACCUCCUGGGCCUCCUGGUCUUCCAGGACCCCCAGGCACAGUCAGCACAUCAAGUCCAAGAGGAGAUGGUUCCUCUUGGUUUGGAGAACCAGGGCCUCAAGGCCCUCCAGGGCCACCGGGAGCUCCUGGAGUGCCAGGGAAUGAUGGCCUGCCUGGUAGCCAUGGAAAAGAUGGAGAACCAGGAGAAACUGGAGUUAAGGGGUUCCCGGGCCUACCUGGUGAUCCAGGUCUCAAAGGAGAAAAGGGUGACCCUGGAGUUGGUCUGCCAGGGCUUCCUGGCCCUCCUGGACCACAAGGAAGACCAGGGUCAUUUCGAUAUGUGGAUGCAAUUGAUGGCUCAGGGUUUGAGGACUUUGACAGUGAUGCAGAGGUCAUGAGGGGUCCACCUGGCCCUCGAGGACCUCCAGGACAGCCUGGUCCUCCUGGCCCUUCUGCAGGUCUGUCUCCAGGGCCACCAGGGCUUCCAGGAGCACCUGGAAAAGACGGCAAUGAUGGGGAGAUGGGUAAACCUGGAAUUCCAGUAAUUGAGGACUGGUUUAGUGGGUCUGGAUUUGAUGCUGGGUCUGGAUUUGAUAUUGAGUCUGGAUUUGAUGCUGGGUCUGGAUUUGAGCUUAUCUUGAGCCUGGAUUUAGCUGAGGGGGCCAGUGGCAAAGACGGUGACCCAGGAAAAAUGGGCCCUAAAGGAGAGAAGGGCGAAACGGGAUUGCCUGGACCUGCAGGACCAAAGGGUGACACAGGCCAGCCAGGUUUCCCAGGACUGCCAGGACAAGUAGGUCCAGAAGGACCAAGGGGGCAGCCAGGCCCACCGGGACCACCAGGACCACCCACACACUUCAGUUUUGAUGUACUGGACUCUGAAGGCUCAGGACUGGGUGGAAGCAGCGGCCUUGCUCCUGCUCUCCCAAGAGGGCCUCCUGGUCUUCCUGGUCUGCCUGGCCCUCCAGGGCCACAGGGCAAGGAUGGCGUGAAUGGUGCACCAGGCACUUCAGUGAAGGGGGAACCUGGUGCCAAAGGACCAGAUGGGGUACCUGGACUACCUGGAUUUCCUGGAAGACAUGGAGAGAAAGGAGAGAAAGGCAAUAUGGGGCAAAAGGGGGAAAGAGGUCUAGAUGGACUCAGUCUUCCUGGUCCACCAGGGCCACCUGGACCACCAGGAGCUGUAAUUAACCUCCAUGACUUAAUGCUGAAUGAUACAGAGGGCCUCUUUAACUUGUCAGGGACUUUUCAGUCUCAAGAUUCAGUGGGGCCAAGGGGUCCAAAGGGUGACCCUGGGACCCCAGGAGCUCUCGGUCCCCCUGGGUUAAAGGGUCAGAAAGGAGAGCCAGGGAUUCCUGUGGAUGGAACACUGUUGUCCAAAAUGCUUGGGCCACAGGGACCAAAAGGAAUAAAGGGUGAUGCUGGUAUUUCUGGACCCCCUGGUAUUAUGGGCCCUGUUGGACCAGUGGGACCUAAAGGAGAAUUCGGGUUUCCUGGUCGGCCAGGUCGUCCUGGUUUGAAUGGACGCAAAGGACAAAAGGGAGAGUCAGCUGGGUUACCAGGCCCACCUGGUCCUCCUGGUCCCCCUGGACGUCCCGGAAUCUUCAGCUGCCCUAAAGGAACAGUGUUCCCGGUUCCACCUCGGCCCAACUGCAAAAAGCCUAUCAAAGGAGACUUGACUGCAGAGGGAGCUAGCUGUUCAUCAACUGGAACCAAAGGGGAAAAGGGUGAAAGGGGUCUCCCAGGGCCACCGGGACCCACAAUGACUAUGCUGGGAACAGGCACUAUGUGGGAAAAUGGUGGCCAGCAAGAGAAGGGGGAGAAAGGGGAGGCCGGUAUGCCUGGGCCACCUGGCGUACCUGGAAGAUCUGGGCUGGUGGGACCUAAAGGAGAAGCCAUCACUGGACCUCCUGGUCGACCUGGACCUCAGGGCCCACCUGGUGCUUCUGGUAUUGGGAGAGUUGGUGCCCCAGGUCCCCCGGGGCGACCUGGACCUCCUGGACCACCUGGCUACAGCUCUGCUGCUGCGUUCCCUGGUCUGCCUGGGCCUCAAGGCCCCCCGGGUCCCCCAGGGCGAGCUGCUGCUGUCUCGGUGAAGAAAUACUUGAGUCUUCAAGCACUGAGGCAGGAGUCAUACUUGGAUGAUGAGGGAACAUUGUCCUUAGUUACAGAUACGGGUAAACUCUACCUCAAAGUCAUAGGAGGAUGGAGAGAGAUUCAGCUUGGAGGACUGAUCGAGAUGCAUCCUUCUCCUGUCCUCUCACAAGAUGAUGCUGAUCCCUUAGUACUGACCUCUCGACUCAGCAGUACUCCUAAAAUCCACACAGGAAGUGCGCUCAGGCUGGUGGCCCUGAACACGCCCCUGACAGGGGACCUGGGUUCCAUCCACAUGGUGAAUAAGGAGUGCCGGCUGCAGGCGCAGGCCAUGGGCAUACGAGACGAGUACAGGGCCUUCCUCUCCCACCACCUGCAGGACCUGAUCGACCUUGUCCAGCCGCCCUACCGCUCCACCUUGCCCAUUGUUAACCUCAGGGGUGAGGUUCUGUUUAAGAACUGGGAGAGUAUCUUCUCCAACCACAUUCUACCACCUGGAAUCCCCUUGUAUUCUUUUGAUGGACGGGAUGUGAUGAGUGACCCCUUCUGGCCCCAGAAGGCCGUAUGGCAUGGCUCCUCAGAGAAAGGUAAUCGUCUGGACACUAAGAACUGUGAGUCAUGGAGAGCUGGUGACAUGGCUAUCACCGGCCAGGCUUCCUUCCUGUACAGUGGCCUGCUGGGUCAGCACACUCGCAGCUGCUCCAAUGAGUUUGUCGUGCUUUGCAUCGAGACCAACCCUGACCACAACACUGUGGAAGAACUCAAGCGAGCACAGUACCGCCACAGACGCUGGCAUUACAGAUACUAAUAUCUGCUUCAUUGCCAUCAGAAUGUUAACAUUCCGGAAGGUGUAAAUAUAUACUUACGUUGGUGGAGAGCACAUCACAUGGGCUCCAUUGUCCAUUCACCAGUGAACUGUCUGUGUGAGUUUAGUGUACAGUUCUCAUAUCAGGUUUUGAGCACAUGGACAUUUGGUAGCAAAGCAAAGUCUCUCCCAGUGUCACUCAUCGAGAUGUCUGUAUCCUAGCAGAGGGUCUCAGACCCCUGAGUCAUUUUGAUGCACUGUAUUUUCAUUUCACAUUUCUCAGUUACAAUUCACCAAAUCCACAGAUGUCUUUUUUGUACAUUGACAGCUUUUCAUUGAGCAACAAACUAUGCAUCAGUAUUUAAUUUAAUUUCAGUGUUUUAUUUAUAGCUUGACCGCACAUAAUCUAAAUAUGUCUGAAGUCUGAGGAUCAGUAUGUAAUUUAUAGUUCUGGUGGUUGAUAUGAACUCUGCUCCUGUUUCUUGCUUAUUAUGAAAGAGAAGGUUUUGUACAGCAUCUCUGUUGAUCCAAUUAUAUUCCACUUUUAUAGUUGAUGAAAAUGUGACUGCAUUUUUCCCAGAGAGCAAACAAGUCAUCCUUUUCUGUUAUGUUCAGAUUUUUAGGCCAAAAAACUUGAGCAGUGCUUAAUGGGAAGGAGUAUUUUUUAUUUUAAUUGGUGCUUAUUGAAUAAAAUCUCUUUUUCAAAUACUUUGUCCAUAUUGCUAUGUCUGCCAUAGCUCUUAAUAGGUAAAGUUUGGAAAGCAGAAAAAAUGAAUGUCCUGUGCCUGUUGAGGCCCAUGUAAAAAUCUCAUAAGCAGCCGAGUUAAUGCACAGAUGGCCAAGUAAACCUGCAAUCUUUCAGUGGAUGUGUUACCUAAAUGUCUCAGUGGCAGUACUGGUAAAAACCUGAUGUGCCUCUAGAACACUGUUGAAUGUUGGAUCAGUUUGUGAACUUUGGUCAUCAAUGACAUUUACUCCCCAAUUCUGACUGGGUGUAUUUUUAUUUCAUUUUAUUUCAUUUCAUUUCAUUUCAUUUUAUUUCAUGUUUUCAUUGCACUAUUUUGUCAACACAAAGAUUGAUCACAUAUAAGACUUUCUCAAUAAAAGCUCAAUUAGCUUUAAUCACUUAAAAGUGACUAAAGUGUUAAUAAAAAUAAAAUAAAAUAGUAUAAUAAAGUAAAAUAGUGACAACUCUUGCAGUUUUACAGUGCUGUGAUUUCAGUCAAUUGACUUUCAUUUUAGGAAGUUUGCACUUCCUAAACACUGUAAAACAGAGAGUCCAGAGGAUUCACUUUUAAAUGGCUGGCAGUAGAAACUUUCUUGGCAAGGGGUUUGGUUGUUUUUGAGGCCUCUGGUGAGUUUUACCAUCCUGAGAUCUUAUGUCAGUCAACAACAAACAUGAUGUUACCCACAAUCUUUUGUAUUUUUUUUUACUCAGUGGGAAAAAAAAUCAUUGUACAUUGUGGGGUUUACUUGAAAUCCUGAAAUACUGCACCAUAUCUAUUCACUACAGCAAUGCAAUAUUUUGUCUUCCUUGAUCAUCUUAAUGUAAUUUUAUCUUAUGUGUUAAUGUCUUUAAAACAACAUCUAAAUACUAGUCAUAAGUGCUUUAGAGAAGAUUUUGCAAAUCAGUGCCAAUGCAUGGAGUUCAGCAAGAUAGGGACUUUUCUUAUCAUUAAAGACUUAAAAGUGA